CUGUAAUUUUAAGAAUUGUGAAAAGUUCAAUAAAUAUUGGUCACAUAGGAUGGCAUCUGCUUACAGUUCUGAAACAAUUGACGAUAUCACGGAUAUUACUGAAAGCUUGAAACAGCUGUCUGUUGCAAGAGCCCAAAUUAAUUCAUUGAGGAAACAAAAUGAGUCUUUAAAAAAACAGCUGAAUGCAAAGGAUUUGAUUGCUUCAAACGAACCAAGCACGUCCAGUAGCUCUGAAAAAAUAGAACUAACCAUUAUAGGAACAAUAAAAACUAAGUUUAAAGAACGUAGGGGUGUACCCCGACAACCUGGUCUCUGUCCACUUGCCCAAGCUUGUCUGACAAUAUCAAACUCUGUAUUCACUAAUCCUAACCAUGCUCUUGAAGGCCUCUCGGAUUUCUCACAUAUGUGGAUUUUGUUUCAUUUUCAUAAAAAUGAAACUACUCAUGUUCAUGCAAAAGUAUCACCACCCAGAUUAAAUGGAUUGCGAACAGGUGUACUUGGCACUCGAUCUCCACACCGACCCUCACCAAUUGGCUUGUCUCUAGUGCAAAUUGAUAAAGUUGAAGGAAAUUCUGUGUAUUUUUCUGGUGUGGACAUGAUAGAUGGUACUCCAGUGCUUGAUAUCAAGCCAUAUAUUCCUCAUUAUGAUGCACCAGUUUCUUUAAGAUCUGACCAACAUGUUUCAUUAUUUGAUAAUGGAUCACAUCAAAUACUAUUGGAUCCAUUGACAGCUGACCGAGAAGCACCCGAUGGAGAGGAAACUGAUACAUACGAUAUGCCUCUUUCUCCACUUCAUACAAGGGUUCGAGUACCUCUAUGGAUUACUGAACCACUGAUGCAACAACUAACAGUGGAGUUCUCAUCGAGAGCAAGAGAAUUUUUAGAUACAUUGGAUACUAAUGAUAUUGAAACUACUAUAGUAAGCAUAUUGAAAGAAGACCCUCGAUCAGUAUAUGUCCGUGAACGUUAUAGUAAUCAGUUUUAUACAUUCUUAAUCGGAGGCUAUCAUGUGAGUUGCAAGUUUGAUGAUAAUAAACACACGAUUAGUGUCUACAGAAUAUCAUUCGUUGAAAAUAUGGAGAAUGUACCUGAUCAAGAAGGUGCCCAAUGUUUGUCUGUAGAAUAAUACUAUUAAUAAUUAAUAAUAAUUUUAACUUAAAUAUUUUUUGUUUUACAACCAUGUUCCUUUUUUAUAUCUAUCCCAACUUUGAAAUACUUUUGACACUUUAAAAUAUUUAUUGUUAGUGUGAUAUUAUGAUAAGAAAAUUAAUGUUAUUGUUUUUUUUUUAUAUAUAAUUAAAACGAUAAUUUAAGUAGUU